CCCCUACCGCCAGGUCAGAGGUCAGGCAGAAGAACAGGGAAACAUCCCAGAAGUUGUCGGCAGCAGAUACGAUGCUGUAGCCGCCAUUCCCUGGGGGUGACCUAGUUCCUAACAACGCAAACUGCUUCAAUCUCCUAGAAGAAGGAGAGUUUGUUUGGUGACGACUUAGACUUCGUUACUAGAACCAUGGCCCCGCCUAAAUGUUCGAGCCAAGCUUCCCUGAAAGACAAGACAGCCGUGGUGACGGGGGCUAACACAGGGAUCGGCUUGGAGGUGGCGAAGGACCUGGCAAGGAGGGGAGCCAAAGUGAUCCUUGCGUGUCGGAAUGAGACCAGAGCUGAGGCCGCUGUGGCGCAGAUUGUGCAGGAGACUGGGAACGAGAACGUGAUGACGUUGAAGCUGGACCUGGCAUCUCUGUCCUCGGUUCGUGAGUUCUCCCAGAAGGUGACGGAAGGGGAGGAUCGUCUGGACAUUCUGGUCAACAACGCAGGUAUUUGUUGCCCCCAGUCUACAACAGAAGACGGGAUUGAGACGCAGCUCCAGGUGAACCACCUGGGCCACUUUCUCCUCACCAACCUCCUCCUGGACCUCCUGAAGAAGUCGGCUCCAAGUCGUGUGGUUGUCGUGGCCUCCAGCGUCCACAAGACGUCUAAGGGCAUCAACUUUGAGGACAUCAACUAUGAGAAGGACUACGUGGCGUUUCCCGUGUACGCGCAGAGCAAGCUGGCGAACAUUCUCUUCACACGUGAACUGGCCAAACGACUGGAAGGGACCGGAGUGACGGCCUACGCGGCGCACCCUGGCCUGGUGAAGACGGAACUGUGGCGCACCUUGCCAGAACUCUACGGCUGGAAGUUCACCGUCUUCAAGCCCAUGUUCUACCUGGGCAUGGCGGCGUUCGCCAAAACACCCGUGCAGGGCGCCCAGACCAUCAUCAACUGCGCCGUGGAGGAAGCGCUCUCUAGCGAGUCUGGCCUGUACUACAGUGACUGUGCCGUCGAGGAGCCUUCCCAGAAGGCCAUGGAUGACGUAGUGGCGCGUCAGCUCUGGGACGUGAGCGAGAGGAUGACGGGAUUGUCUUCCUGAGUCCAAUAAUUUACGGACUUAACCGACUGAUAGCCAUGAAUAAUCAUUGGAAACCCGAAUACCUCAGACUACAAGUGGUGGUCUAUUUCCUGAUGAUUUUACAUUGAG